AGUCAAAUGAAGGUUUUUUGCAGUCUUGGAGCAGCACCAGUGACCAGCACUGGGGUCAAGGAAACAAGCAUGGCUGCCUUGUUGAGAGGAUCUUGGAAUUCAUUGCGGCGGUGCAGUAAAUAUGCCCACUUGUCACUCGAUUUAUCCAGGUCCAUGGCCUCCAAGACUCCGGUGGGCUUUAUUGGGUUAGGGAACAUGGGAACGCCAAUGGCCAAAAAUCUGAUACGGCAUGGAUAUCCUGUCAUUGCUACGGAUAACUUCCCUGAAUCCUGCAAAGAGCUGCAUGACCUGGGUGCUCAGAUCCUGGACACCCCGGCCGAAGUAGCCGAUAAAGCAGACCGCAUCAUCACCAUGCUACCGUCCAGUCCUAAUGUCAUUGAUGUCUACACCGGCCCCAACGGAAUCCUCAAGCGCGUGAAGAAGGGGACGCUACUCAUUGACUCCAGCACCAUCGACCCCUCUGUGUCCAAAGAGAUGGCUAUAGCUGCAGAGAAGAUGGGAGCGGUGUUCUUGGAUGCCCCAGUGUCAGGAGGUGUUGGGGCGGCCACUGUGGCAAAUCUGACCUUCUUGGUGGGCGGAGCUGAGGAAGAGUUCAAAGCUGCUCAGGAGAUGCUCACCUGCAUGGGAGCGAAUGCAGUGUACUGUGGCCAAGUCGGAGCAGGACAGGCAGCCAAACUGUGCAAUAACAUGCUGCUGGCCAUCGGAAUGAUUGGAACCGCAGAGACUAUGAACCUUGGAAUCAGGUUGGGCCUGGACCCUAAGCUGCUGGCCCAGGUCCUGAACAUGAGCUCUGGACGCUGCUGGUCCAGCGACACCUACAACCCCGUCCCUGGCGUCAUGGAGGGCGUGCCCUCGGCCAACAACUACCAGGGAGGCUACGGCACCACACUCAUGGCCAAGGACCUAGGCCUGGCCCAGACGACGGCCACUAACACGCGCACCCCAGUCCCUCUGGGCUCCAUGGCCCACCAGAUCUUCCGUGUCAUGUGUGCGCGUGGCUACGGCAACAAGGACUUCUCCUCCAUCUUCCAGUUCCUGCGUGAGGAGGAGGGCCAGUAGACGUCCCGCCCGCCUCCCGCCUCCCUCCCCCCUUGUGUGUCACCAUGGACUGCUACGCUUGCUGUUGUUUCCAUCAAUGUAGUUCUUCUCUCUAUGUGCAAUGUCAGUAUGCUGAGAAAUCUCCCUGUUUGAAUUUUGAAUUGGAGGUUGGGAACCACUGUACUGUCAUUCUCUGAAAGCCAGUUUGAUCAAAUCUCUUAAAGAUGAUAGAAACUGUUGAAAAUGGUAGAAAAGUUAAAAAAAAAGGUUCUGAUGAUGAUGAUGAUGUUGAUGGUUAUGUCAUGAUGGAGAUACUGGUCAUGUGCACUCAAGCCUUGUGUCAAGACUCCCUGCCAAGUGUGCAGUCCUCUCACCUGCACUUGUUUACAGUCUCCUGCAGUGUCCCCGGACCCCGGGCCCCCAGGAGGAGACCCUCCACCCCUUUCCUGUGAUCUCUUCAACGAUUUAAGGACCAAAACCCACAUGUUCUGUUACUUUCCUCACACAAAUACACUCAUGUUACCUUGUCUGAGGGGAGGAGGAUGUGAAAGAGCUCAGAUAUGCCUCCUUCUGUUAUUGUUGGGUGCUCACAAUGAAAACAAAACAAGGCGCCGUCGGCUGUGAUCACUGAGAGUGUUCAGGCCAACAGGCUUUAGGCCUCCGUUGGGUGACAUACCUCAACCUAUAACUGUUUCUCUACAGGAACUUCACUGUACCUCAUGGUACUCUUAUACCUCAAUGAUGUCAUCCUCUGUAAUGUUCGGCUGUCUAGCCAUUCCCUCCACCCCCUCACCAUAUCUGGUUCUGCAUGCUUGUAUAUAUCUACACAGGCACAUUUAACCUUGAACCGUCAUUUGUCGGUAUGCAUGUACAUAUGUAUAGUUUGUUGAUUUACUGUAAGAUUCUCAGUUUAGUCAUUUGUAAACCAGUUUUGCUGUGAACUGGUUUUGACUAGAUACAGGUUUAAUAUAACAGCAACCUCAAGAAAGCACUAUUCUACAUUGGGCUGGAAUAAAUUAAAAAAAAAAUGUGACCAACAC